AAAUACUAAUUAAUACAAACGAUUGGAAAAUACGGUGUCAGCCUAAAACAGAAAAAAUAUAAAUACAGACUUGGACUAGCAACGUACGCUAAGGUGAAAGGCCGUGAAGAUGAAAUCGGUCAUGGAACCUGUAAAUGCGUAGUUAAAGCAUCAGAUCGAUGCUGUUCCAUGUUUGAUCCUAGACGUCUCCACCCAUACCUGCUGGCUUCUGGUGUGACUCGUUUCCUUGCAUCACUCUUUUCUACUAAGAGCGGUUCUUGGAACCCGAACAGUAAUACUGCAGGUACCAAAAUGAUGGCAAAUCCUGAGAAACUUAUUCGGGUGUUCAUGGUCGGAGACGUGAUGCUUGGAAGAGGAAUAGACAUGAUAUUGCCUCAUCAUUGCGACCCUAAGCUGUAUGAAGGCUAUGUAACAGAUGCCAGAGAUUAUGUUAAGUUGUCUGUGGAUCAGAGUGGGGCUUUACCAACUGAGCGAGGAAUGAGAUAUGUAUGGGGAGACGCCCUGGAAAUCCUGGAGGAGAAGAAGCCAGAUAUAAGGCUGAUAAACUUAGAAACUUCCAUUACAACCAGUGAGACUCCCUGGCUUGGAAAGGGUAUCAACUAUCGUAUGCAUCCUGGUAAUGUGGAGACUUUGAAAGAAGCCAAAAUAGACUGUUGUGUGCUCAGUAAUAACCAUGUCCUGGACUGGGGAUACCCUGGGCUGGAGGAAACACUGUCCACCCUGAGGAGUGCUAACAUUACCUAUGUGGGUGCUGGCAAGGACAUCUCAGAAGCACAACAACCAGCUGUGUUUGACCUUCCCAACAAAGGCAGGGUGCUCAUCUUUGCAGGAGGUCAUAGGUCGAGUGGAGUUUUUGAUGAGUGGCAGGCAAGGAAGGGCAAAUCUGGGGUAAAUAUCCUUAACAUUGACCAGCUGUCGCAUACAGUUCAUGAGCUGUCCCAGCAAGUUAAAAAAGCAAAAAAGCCUGGAGACAUUGUCAUCCUUUCUAUCCACUGGGGUGGAAACUGGGGUUUUAAAGUCCCAGACAUGUUUCAGCGCUUUGCCCACAGUGCUAUUGACAGCGCAGGUGUAGAUGUCAUCCACGGGCACUCUUCUCAUCAUGUGAAAGGGGUGGAGGUCUACAAAGGAAAACUGAUCAUUUAUGGCUGUGGAGACUUUCUCAACGAUUAUGAAGGGAUUUUUCAUCCUGACCAUGUACCAUAUCGAUCUGAGCUGAGUCUGAUGUACUUGGUUGACCUUGACCCAGAAACAGGCGACCUUGUCAACCUGCUGAUGGUUCCCACCAUGACCAAAAAGAUGUGCGUGAGGAGAGCUGAGGAGGAGGGGGUCAAGUGGUUACAUGAAACUAUGCACAUGGAGUGUAAGAAACUAGGAGGAGGGGUGAAGAGAACUGGAAAUGAGCUCCAUCUUUUGUUGCAUGAUGAUGAUAAGUAGCUGUGAUCAGAUGACUACUGUACUGUUUUUUACAUUUAUUGCUUUUUCCACUAUGCAAGCUUGUAAAUGCCAUUAAAAUAUAAAGCUGCAGUUUUCAUUUUUGUACAACUUUCAUUUUUUGGUUUAUAUCUUGAAAAUACUUUGUUGCUUUUUCAUUAUUUUUCUUUUGUAUUAGUUGAGCAAGUGAUGAAGCUAUAUAAUGGCUAAGGCUAAAUGUAAUAGAAAGCAUAAACAGUCAUAUUUGUGAUUGGAUUAUGUUUCUUCCAAUACUUCCAAAGGAUUUAACUGUGAUUUUUUUAUCUCACAAGUUUCAGUAAUAAUUGAAUUGAUGAUUUUACCAUAUUAGAAAAGUUCCUUUUGUAAUAAUUCAGUGAGACCUGUAACAAUAUUGUGGCAUUUCAAUAUCCUGUUGUAACUGCCAAAAAUUAAGUCACACACACACACACACACACACACUUGUUUGAACCCAAGCAAUAACUUAUUGUUUAAAAAAUAAAUAAUCCCAUUUGCUGUAAAAAGGCAUGGUUUGUUUGUUCGUUGGUUGACAAUUUGGUUACAUAAAGGUUUUUGAAUUUUUAUGCCCAUGAUCAACAAAUGGUGGAGUCUGGGCAAUUUUGCUGUCCACAGCUUAUAUGUUUAUUAAGAUUUUUUUCACUGAAUCCCAUUUGUGCACUAUUAGCUAGGUGUAUGUAAUUCCUUUUCAGUGACAAGAUGUUGAAUUGCUAUUGUUAAUUGAUUUUACCAAAUUACGAAAAUAAUCUUUUUAUUUUCCUUGUUAUAUUAUUUCCAUGAACGUGAUUGCAUUGCAUGUUAUGGUAAUGAUCAUAAGAGCUGAUGCUGUAAUGAAAUUUAGUGAUAUUUAAAAAUGCAUGUUCUUUUAAAAAGGAAACUCUCAUGCAGCAUUUCACGCUGUACCACUCAGGUCCCAGGUGCUGCAAAACCCCCACAUAAAAGAAAUAGUAAACAAACUAAGCUAUUGUGAUAUUGAACUCUGUUCAAACAAACGUGCCUCAGGCCCAAGCUGCAUAUAUCAUAUCAGUAGUCUUUUACACUAAACCACCAGACUGGUUGAGAACAGGUCAGGAGAAGAGCACCCAACUGACUUUUUUUAAUACCAGCACUUAUUGUUAUAACAAUAUUUUAGGUCGCAGACUUAUCAAUUAAAUCAAUAUCCACAUUACUAUGUUUAUUUUGAAGACAUUAAAACAUCAAUAACUGGUGAAUAUUAAUAUUUUUAUGCAAAAUUAGUUCUGAUAUUAUUUGGAGAUUGCAAAAAAUAUGGAAGGAACUUUAACAAGAAAUAAAUCAACGGCAAUUUUCACUAACUUAUAAAGAUGUAACAAGUAGCAGAUUAAGUCCACUGCACAUAUCACUUAAUGAUAUUUACAUUCCCAUGAAGUAAUUCAAACCAUUUUACUACAAAUUAUAACCUUAGUCUCACCAUGCUAUCCCAAAAUAUGGUAUUUCCAAAUUUCAAGGACAAAAAAAGUUGCCCCAUGUAUGAAUUCAAACUUUGAUGGACUUGAAGCCUAAGGCUCCAUUCAGAAUAGAAGACUAAAUAGUCCGAGGGUCAAAUAUGGCGACCCACUACAAAGCUUGCCGUCUAAUCCGCUAAUACCGCUAAUAGACACUGAAUAGAUAGCCCGUGGGGAAGUAUUCAAGUGGGCCGGCCAUUUUUGAACUUCGGACUAGUUGGUCCCCUAUUCUGAAUGGGGCCUUAGGGACCAUUCCCACAGAUAUUUGGAUUGAUCUAACUCCCUGUAGAGUCUCAAUAAAUUACUAUCAACCUAAC